UGAUACCUUAGAAAUGUCAAUCGAGAUGGAGAGAAUAUCAACUUCGAUUCAACCAAUUUAUUCAUCAACAACAAGUUUAGUUAAAACUUUCGACUCAUCUCUCAAUGGAACUCAGAUUUCGUCUUUUGAACUGAAAUCUAAGAUUGCUCCUAUGUUAUUUCAAGGAUUUGCAAUCAUUCCAUACCUGACUCAAAUUUCCUAUAUUGGGAUAGAUGGUCUAUUCUUCUCAUACUACACUGACAAAAACCAAACUUUUGCAGUCUAUUCUAACUCAACCUUCAAUGCCAAAUUCUAUCCUCCUCCUCCUCCUCCUCCUCCUCCUCCAGGAAGGGAAUGGAGUUGGCUGACUCAAUUAGUAAACUCCAGCACAGGGGAAUUAUAUGGGGAUAUGGUAGAGACCUUACCCACAGUCACUACCAAGACAAGCUGGUUCCGAGACGCCCUGAAUAACGAAGAAAGUGCCUCUGUAGGGAAAAAAUGGAGCUCAGAUCAUGAACUUUUGUUGCUCAACACAGUCAGAGUAAAUGGAAGAAAUGGAGUUUUCUCAUUUGGGUUUUCAAUCAAAGCACUCAUUGAUCUGUUCUUCACUAGCAUUGAACGACAAGGAGGGAGAUUGUACCUGGCAAGCACUGAAGGAGAAAUUCUUGUUCAAGGGUUUCAGAACAUUAAGAUGGUCCUUGCUAAUGGUUUGGCUUCAUUUCGGUUCUUGAAGCCGAAUGGCAAUGAAACUGCUCGCGUCGAGAACGUCUCAUGUCGGCCUAGGAAAGAAGCUUUUGAUGCAAAGGAUUAUUUCUUCAAUCUCUUCGGUACAAACUAUAUGAUAUACUGCUCUCCACUUGAGAUAUUGGGUGUGCAAACAUAUGAAUCAGUUCAUAGUUAUAAGAAUUGUCUGUUACUUGUGUUUUCAUUUCAGGUCUAUUCAUUAGUAUUGCCUCAGAAAGAGUUAGCUAGCCUUGUCCACAAGAGUAGUAGAAUGGGACUAAUUCUUCUUAUACUAACAAUGAGUACUACAGUUAUCUCCAUUUUUGGUUUUGUGUUCAUAGUCAUUAGAGCAGCAAACAGAGAGAUGCAUUUAUGUGCCAAACUCAUUCAACAAAUGGAAGCAACUCAACAAGCAGAGAGAAAGAGUAUGAACAAGAGUGUCGCUUUCACACAAGCAAGCCACGACAUUCGCGCUUCUUUAGCAGGCAUUAUUGGCUUGAUUGAGAUAUGCCAUAAUGAAGCUUCCCCUGGUUCAGAUUUAAACAUAAACCUAAAACAGAUGGAUGGUUGUACAAAGGAUCUUCUAGCCAUAUUGAACUCUAUUUUGGAUACAAGCAAGAUUGAAGCAGGAAAAACACAGCUUGAGGAAGAAGAAUUUAAUUUGAGUCAACUUCUUGAGGAUGUGGUAGAUUUGUAUCAUCCAGUGGGAAUGAAGAAAGGAAUAGACAUAGUGUUAGAUCCUUAUGAUGGCUCCAUUAUCAACUUUUCACAAGUGAAAGGUGAUAGAGGAAAGCUUAAACAAGUGUUGUGCAAUUUACUAAGCAAUUCUGUUAAAUUUACUUCCGAAGGUCACGUAACGGUUCGAGCGUGGGUGAAGAAUUUACCUGAUAUGCAGAAUAAGUUGAUUCCUUCGAAUCACAAUGGUGAAAUAUUGAAGCAUCUAUCAUUCUUAUUAUGCAAAGACACACCAACAUUACGAGAACAGCAAACCGCAGAUAAUGGAGUUCAUUUGAAUCCUAAUUGUUAUGAAUUUAUAUUUGAGAUAGAUGACACAGGGAAAGGCAUUCCUAAAGAGAAGCGGAAAUUGGUUUUCGAGAACUACGUCCAGGUAAAGGAAACAGCUCAGGGACAAGGAACUGGCUUGGGACUUGGCAUUGUUCAAUCUUUGGUACGCUUGAUGGGAGGGGAUAUAGAAAUUUUAGACAAAGAGAUUGGAGCAAAGGGAACAUGCUUCAGGUUCAGUGUUCUUCUUAAUGUUUCAGAGGGCAACAUCAAUUCUGGUAAUAACUCAUGCCAAUCAUUGGCUGCCUCAAAACUGACAUUUCGAGCCCCCAGUCCAAGUCCCCGUUCCCCUAGACCAAUCCAAACUACUAGUUUAAAAACCGAAACAUCUCGUGUCCUUCUCUUAAUUCGAAAUGAUCAACGACGAAUGAUAUGCAAGAAAUUCUUGGAAAGUCUUGGAGUAAGAGUAAUGGCUAUGAAUCAGUGGGAGCAACUUCUUUUCACUCUACAGAAAAUAUUAGAGAAACAGAGCCAUUCUAGGCACAGCCCAAGAGGCAGGUCAGGUAAUAGUUCAUCAGGUGAUUACCUAAACAAAUCAGCAUCUGGUAACUCCAGCAAUGGGCUAAAUACAAAUGUUUCUUUGGGUGCAAUGAAAGAUGAGACAAAUUACUUGCUUUCAGUAUUCAAAAAGACUAGUCCCAAAGGUGGAAUUACCUUCAUUUUGAUUGUAAUCGAUGCCGGUGCAGGACCAUUUACAGAAAUAUGCAAUAUGGUGUCUAAUUUUAGAACUGGACUUCAAGAGGCCUAUUGUAAGGUUGUUUGGCUGGUGGAGAAUCAAAUGUCACACAUCGUCAACCACAAGGGGCUAGACUCGAACAUUUUGGAGUUCAACGAUGUUGUUAUAUCCAGACCUUUUCAUGGUUCUCGUUUGUAUGAAGUGAUAAGACUUCUUCCAGAGUUUGGAGGCACAUUACACAGCAGAGAAAGUAGUAGAUUAUAUCAGACUGACAGUGUUCCAAAAGAUCCAAGUUCAUCCCUAAACGAAUAUCGUGGUAAGGCCAAGGAGAGGAUUUCACCAAAUUUUAGAGACCAAAUUGCAACAAGAGUACAACAAGAAACAAAAUCAAGCACGGGGACCUCCCCAAAGAAUUUGUCAUUGAAUCAAAUUCAUUCCUUUUUAGGCUCAAAGACUAGAAUCUCACCAGUUAGUGGGCAGCAAAGUCAACACCAAGAAAUACAAAAACCUCUAGGUGGGAAAAAAAUCUUGGUUGCAGAGGACAAUGUAGUGUUACAAAGACUAGCUAGAUUGAACCUUGAAAAACUUGGUGCAACUGUUGAGAUAUGUGAAAACGGAGAGGCAGCUUUGGAGUUCGUUUGCAAUGGCUUAGGCAAUCAGCGAAAACAUGGAGCUUCAAAUAUUCUUCCUUACGACUACAUACUAAUGGACUGCGAGAUGCCAGUAAUGGAUGGAUAUGAAGCAACUAGACAGAUAAGGAAGGUGGAAAGAGAUUACAACACUCGCAUUCCAAUCAUUGCACUGACUGCCCAUGCAUCAGGAGAAGAAGCACGAAGAACAAUUGAAGCUGGAAUGGAUGUUCAUUUAGGCAAGCCACUGAAAAAAGAGAGCCUACUAGAAGCCAUUAAAUGUAUCCAUAGUAAAUAAUGUUCUACUUUCAAUUAGCAGAUUAAACUAUAAAAUCUCAAUCAUUCAUAGGAUAUAAUAUAUGUGUACAACUAGUGAAUUCAAUGCUCGUGUUGUUUUAUGUGUUUGGACAUGUUAGAGGGAUAAUCUAAUGACUCUGUUAUCUCAAGGGUUUGAUAAGCCAAAAUAGACCUAUCCUUCUGCCAAAUCAAAUCCUUGAAUAUCGAUCCAAAAGAAACCACAUGUAACAAUUAUAAAAAGAUACUCAAAACAGGACGAACAAACACAAAUUUGAAUAUCGAUUGUA